AUGAUUCUCCAUAUUCUCAUCACUCUUCUCACCAUCAUCAUCCAAGUCCUCGCCAAAAACUCCACAUACCAAAACCCCAUUCUCCCCGGGUUUCACCCAGACCCAAGUUGCAUCUUCGUCCCCUCCAAGAACAACACCUACUUCUGCGCCUCAUCCAGUUUCCUGGUCUUCCCGGGGAUCCCCAUCCACGCAAGUCACGACCUGCAAACCUUCCAACUCGUCAGCAAUGCGCUUAACCGUCCUGAACAGCUCCCCGCUCUGGGCACGACCAAGCGAGCUACCAGCGGGAUCUGGGCGUCCACUAUCAGGUACCGAGAGGAUGAGGAUGUGUUUUAUGUGUUUACGACGAUGGUUUUUGAUGAUUUGCCGAAAGAGGAUGGGGGCAGGUUUGAUUGUUUGGUUUUUAGGAGUAGGGAUCCUUUUGAUGAUAGUUCUUGGGGGGUACCGACCCAUUUUGGGUUCCCCGGGUAUGAUGUUAGUCCCUACUGGGAGGAGAAUGGAAGGCUCUUUGUUGUGGGGACGUAUGCGUGGCAGGUUCAGCAGGGAAUUCAGAUCUUUGAAUUGGAUCUUGGGACUGGGGAAAUGGGGGAGGCGAGGAGUCUUUGGAAUGGGACAGGGGGCUCGGCACCAGAAGGUCCGCAUGUUUAUAAGAAGGAUGGGUGGUAUUAUUUGUUGAUUGCGGAGGGGGGUACCGGGGCCGGACAUAUGGUUACGAUGGCCAGAGCGAGGAGUUUACUUGGUCCGUAUGAGGGGUAUGAACAUAACCCUGUUUUGACGAAUGGAGGGCCGCAGGCUUAUUUUCAGAAUAUUGGACAUGCGGAUUUGUUCCAGGAUCGGAGGGGGGAGUGGUGGGCUGUGGCUUUGAGUGUGAGGUUUGGACCGGAUGGCAGUUAUCCGAUGGGAAGAGAGACGAUUUUGACGCCUGUUUCGUGGGAGGAGAAUGAGUGGCAGGUCUUUGGUAAGGUGUUUGGGACGAUGUCGGGUUGGGAGUUUGAUUCUGAAAGUGUUGUUGAGCAAGGUAUGGGACUGGUGGUGGAUGCGGAUUUCUUCUCAUGUUUUGAAAAUGGAUAUGUGCUUGGACCGGAGUUUGUUUAUUUCAGGUUUCCUGUUGAGGGAAAUUAUGGAGUCUCAAAAGAGGGGCAUGAGAAUUCGGUUCAGUUGAUUUCGAGUAAAAGCAACUUGACGGGUAGCGAUGGCAGGAGCGCGGAAAAGGAAGGUCAGACUUUUCUGGCUAGACGGCAAGUGCAUUCCUAUUUUGAUUUCAAGGUUGAUUUUGAUAUCGAUGAGAUGAAGAAUGAGGAGCAGGAAGCUGGUGUAAGUGUGUUUUUAGAUCAGGUAGGUCGCCCCUUUCUUGUUUACUUCUUCCUCGCUAUUCAUCUCGCUAAUCUGUCUUGAAGCUUCAUCACUAUGACCUUGGGAUAGUGCUGCUUUCAAAUUCGACUGCAAACUCUUCAGAGUUGGUUCCUCAUUUUCGAGUCCGUGGUAUCACUACGGUCCCGACUUUUGCAUCCCCUACUUUGGCAGUUGUACGUGUUCCUCAAGAUUGGAGAGGCCAAAAACUUUCGCUGGGGAUCACAGCAAGUAAUCUCACUCACUAUGCAUUGAGUGCAGCGCCAGUUGGAAAUGAAGCAGAGAGAAUUGUUAUUGGAUGGGGUAAUGGCUUGGGUUUGACGUGGGGUUUCACUGGUAUGUUAACAUUUCUAGGUUUUUGUUUACUUGCAGUGAUGAAGAUUAUUGGGCAGAAUUGUUGCUGACAGUAAAUAAAGGUGCUCUUUUAGGCGCCUACGCUACAUCAAAUGGCAGGGAAGAGGGGUUCAGUGCAUAUGUGAGUAAUUGGAGUUACGUUGGAAAGGAGCAAGUGGUUGGCAGCUAG